CCCCAGGAGAGCUUGUUCUGGUACCAGCCAUGCUUGCCUCCACGGGCUCCCUGGUGGCCUCUAUCUGGGCAGCUCUCCAUCUCCAGACUCUGCUGCUAGCAGCUGUUGUCUUCCUGUUCCUGGCUGACUACCUCAAAAACCAGCGACCCAAGAACUACCCACCAGGGCCUAGGCGCCUGCCCUUUUUUGGCUGCUUGUUCUAUUUGGAUCCAAAGCAGCCUCACAUAACUCUGCAGAAGUUUGUGAAGAAAUAUGGGAACGUUUUAAGCUUGGAUUUUGCUAAUAUACCCUCAGUGGUUGUAAGUGGCAUGCCCUUAAUCAAGGAAGUCUUUACUCAGUUGGAGCCAAACUUUCUUAACCGUCCUGUCAGUCUUCUCCGAAAACAACUCUUUAAUAAAAAUGGGUUGGUCUUCUCCAGUGGUCAGACAUGGAAGGAACAAAGAAGGUUCACCCUGAUGACAUUGAGGAACUUUGGAUUGGGAAAGAAGAGCCUAGAGCAGCGCAUACAGGAGGAAGCCAGACACCUCGUGGAGGCCAUAGGAGAGGAGGGAGGAGAGCCUUUUGACCCUCACUUCAGUAUCAACAAUGCAGUUUCCAACAUCAUUUCCUCUGUCACCUUUGGGGAGCGCUUUGAGUACCAUGACAGUCACUUUCAGGAGAUGCUGAGGUUACUGGAUGAGGCCAUGUGUUUGGAGUCAUCAAUGAUGUGUCAGCUCUACAAUAUCUUUCCAAGGAUAAUUCAUUAUCUUCCUGGAUCACACCAAACAUUUUUCAGAAACUGGAGAAAACUGAAAUUAUUUGUUUCUAAUAUUAUUGACAAUCACAGGAAAGACUGGGACCCUAAUGAGCCAAGAGACUUCAUUGAUGUUUUCCUCAAGGAAAUGACAAAGUACCCAGACAAGACUACUACAAGUUUCAAUGAUGAAAACCUCAUCUGCAGCACUCUGGACCUCUUCUUUGCAGGAACAGAGACAACAUCUACAACACUGCGCUGGGCUGUGCUCUGUAUGGCUCUCUACCCAGAAGUCCAAGAAAAAGUACAGGCUGAGAUCGACGAAGUGAUUGGUCAAGGAAGACAGCCAAGCCUGGCUGACAGAGAGUCCAUGCCCUACACCAAUGCUGUGAUCCACGAGGUGCAGAGAAUAGGAAACAUCAUCCCCUUUAAUGUUCCCAGGGAAACAAUAGCUGACACCAAGUUGGCUGGAUUUUACAUGCCAAAGGGAGUCAUGGUCCUAACCAACCUGACUGCACUGCACAGAGACCCCAAAGAGUGGGCCACUCCAGACAUCUUCAACCCAGAGCACUUUUUGGAGAAUGGACAGUUUAAGAAGAGGGAAUCAUUUCUGCCAUUCUCAAUGGGAAAGCGAGCUUGUCUUGGAGAGCAAUUGGCCAGGUCUGAGCUCUUUAUUUUCUUCACUGCUCUUGUGCAAAAAUUUACCUUCAAGCCCCCAGCCAAUGAGAAGCUAAGCCUGGAAUUCAGAAUGUCUGUUACUGUUUCACCUGUCAGUCACCACAUCUGUGUGAUUCCUAGGCUGUGAUGUUGAAGAAGGAAAGUGUGAAGAAAUAACAUCUGCUUGGAAGACACUGGUCCUUGCUCACAGCUGAGGGGAUAUAAUGAAGGUGACUGGGGAAAUGGGUAUAAUGACACUAAAGAGAUUGAAUCCAAUUAUGGGUUCAUAAGUGGAAAGCCUUUUGCUACGUCAAUGACAGAGCUUUCCACCUAAGAUUUUCAGAGAAAGAUGAUUCCUCCAGUAAAGAAAAUGCUUUCAAGGAUCAUGAGAAAUAAUGGAUUAAAUUAAUAUGGAGAUUGUAAAAACAGUCAUAAAAGCUAUGCCCUUACUUUGCCCAUUCCUUUUCUCCCACUGUCCAUGAAGCUUCUCCCACUGGCUAGGUCUGCAGCUGCCAUCCAAAAAUUAUAUAAAAAAGAUGUGUGAGGGAAACUUCCAACAAUCAUUCCUCUUUCGUUUUGGAAGUCUCAUCCUCUCCUCUCUUCAUUCCUGCUAGAGAUCUAGUAUACAAGCAAUUUGAGAGGAAAUAAAGAAAUAAGGGACAUAAGGAAACAAGCCAUUAAGAGCUGUGUUAUAGAUGUGUCUUCUGGGGAUGAGUGCCCCACAGGCAGCUGUUCCCUGCAUGGUGACCAGCUGUGGGUCUCUGUAAUGUUCUCCCUAUGCUUCAAAAACAAGUUUCCUUGAUGAGGAGUGAGAGCUGCACUUACCUGUGGGUCUAAGGAUGGGUGAUUAUAAUGUAGUUUGAAAAUACAUUGAUUUAGGACAGUGGAGUAACAGGUUUUCCUCUAUCCAUGCCCUCACCAGCUAUGGAUACUUAGUAAAUCUAACAGUGCCACUGCAAACACCAGUUUGGGGAUUCCAGGUAAAAUGUGUUUAUGGAUAUUGAGAAUUGACACUGAGGAAUGGCUAAGGGACUCCACAAGAGGGAGACAAGAAGAUUGUUGUUCUGCUUAGAGCCCUGGGAAUGGAGGAAGAGGGUGAGGAGAAGGAAGCUACAGUGUGUCUGCUAUAGACCUGGAGAUGAGACAAGAGUGGGGGUAUGGGGUGGUUGGAUUUGGAGGAGCAGUGGCCUCUGGGUUCUCAGGGAAUGCCUGGGAUAAAGCAAUGAGUGGUAGGAAGACAGUAAGAUGAGGAAGAUGGGUGUGAGUCAGUGGAGAUGGAGAGGGCAUGGCCACAGCUAGUGGUCUGCAUCUACUGCAGAGCUAAGAAUGAGACUAGGGGGUUGUUGGAUUUAGAGGAGGCAAGGGAGAAGUGGUCUUCUCUUAGCUUACCUGCUCACUUAGUCCAAAUGGCCUUGACAUUAUGUGGUUUAACAGCUAUCCCUGGGAGGCCUGCUCUUUUCUUUAGGAAAAUAAAGGAUUGG